AUGGUCCAAGUAAUUGUCCCUGUAACCCACGAUGACAUGGAAGAAGUAAUGUCAAACGACACUUCAAAAAAUCCUGAAGAAAAUGUUUCAACUUUCUAUCGAGUGUGUGGUGGAAGAAUUCCAAUUAAUCUAUUUAUCAUUUCUGUAGUAUCCAUACUUCUUAUCAUGAGUUGCUUUUGUAUCUGGAUUGCUUCAUUCACUGUAACAAAGCAAGUGAUUGAGGGUCUGUCAAAUGACUUGAUAGAUGUCAAUGGAGAAAAAAUCACUUCCUAUCUCAAUACCUUUAUGGAUCCCCUUGGAAAACUCUCCAAAUCCAUUGCCUAUGAUUACAACAAUGGAAUUGCUACUACUUCCAAUUUUAGAACUUAUCUGUUUCCCAAAUUUGCAGAAUUCAAAACUUCUAGUUGCGGAUAUUUCUUUGCUGGUCCUCCUUCUACUAAAUACACCUAUUCUACUGCAGGUUCUGGAAACAAAACCUAUCCAGUUUAUUCCUAUCAACCUCCUGGAUUUAUCGGAACUUUGCGUGAUACCAUAAAUGUAACAACUGGAGUUGUAACCAAAUAUAACUCAACUGUGGAUUUAACUCCGUUUUAUACCCUAGAUCAAGAUUAUUACAAUUCGACCAUAAUAUUAUCUACUCAAUUGGGCAUUGAAGGUGUUUAUGGCAAUGCUUAUAAACCUUAUGGAUCAAGUAUGGCCAUUUAUCACUCCUCAAAGUUGUAUGAUCCAGUUCAGUACAAGACAGGUAAGAAAGUGGUGACAGGAGUGACAAGAGUAAACAUUUCACUGCAGAAUAUUGUUGAUUUCUUGAGUAAGAUUGUGUUGAUUGGUAAAGGGUUUUGUUUGGUUUCUCAGCAAAAUGGAAUUCUAGUUGGUGGGUCAAUUAAUACUUUGACACCUGACGGAAAUACUAAUUUACAUAUUUAUAAUUUGACAGAAAGAGAUGCUGGGCAAUUAAUGAAAGAAAUUAGUGUAAAAUAUGGUGAUUUGAAUGAAUUACCAAAAAGAAUUACUGAAACAGUUAAUGGAAUAGGUUAUAUCAUAUCUCAUUACACUUACAAGAUUGAUAAUUUGAAAUGGAAUGUCUAUUUCGUUGUUUAUCAAGAAGAAGUGAUUGCAUCCUUGACAAUGACAACUGGCAUUAGUGUUGGUGUGGCUGUCACUGUCAUGAUUAUUGGUGUCAUUGUCAGUUUUAUCAUUGGAUUUAUAGUUUCCAAACCAAUGAAAGCUUUAGAACGUCAAUUUGAGCUUAUUAAGGUCCUUGAUCUUGACACUGUCAAUAUUGGUAAUUCAGUUUUCAAGGAAAUUAAUUCCAUUUUUGGAAAUUUGAAAACAACUGUUCAAUGGCUGAAGGAAAUUAAAUCUUUCAUCCCAGAACACGUUUUUGAACAAUUAAUCAACUCACAAACAAUUGAGAUGGAAUUUGGAUCUGUCAAUAUCAAGAAGAAUGAAUCCUUUGCUGAAUCGAAACAUUCCAUGGGCACAACUAAUGAUGGAGUUAGCCACGCAGAUUUGGAAUCGAGAAUUCAUUCUUCCAAGAAGGGAGGUGGCUCACUAUUCCAAAUGGGAUUAUCUGUCAAGCAAACUGUUGUAAUCACUUGUCAAUUGAAGGGUUUCUUCUCAAUGGAACAGCCAAGUGAUAUUGAGAAUGGUUUUAAAAAGAUUAUGAAUGCUAUUGGACCGAUUACAAAAGUAUACAAAGCUAAUUUGCAAGUUCUUCCAAAGUUUGCUUUACAAUUGGCACUUUCGGCUAAUUCUCCAGGAGAGCAAGAUAAGCUGAUUGAAAAGAGUGUUGAGCUGGCUUUCAAACUUGCAAAGGCUAUCAAUCAGGUUGGACCUGAUUUCUACCCUAGAAUUGGUGUCAGUUGUUCGAAAGCUAGGGUUGGAAACUUGGGAACUAAAACUUCAAGGUACUAUACGAUUGUUGGUGCAUGUGUGGUUGACUCUGAAAAAUUGUGCAUAUUGGCAGAUUCAUUCAAUGUAAAUGUGCUAAUUGAUACAUCUUGUUGUGAAAGUUUACAAGCAGAUAUUGCCAGAAAAUUCAUUUUGAAACCAAUUGACAAGAUUAAGAAGGAAAUGAAUAAUUCAAGUAUUGAAACAAUUUAUGAAGUUUUUGGUGAAAAGAAUACCGACAAUGAUGAAUGGCUUUAUGAAUUGGAAAAUUCAAAGAAGAACAAUGCAUUUGCAGAGUAUUACAAGGCAUUUGAUGUCUUUUCUGCUGAUUUCUGGAAUGGAAUUUCACAAUCUGAAAUCAAAAAGGAGAUUGAUCACGUAUUGGGAGUUUUCCAAAAUUAUUUAGUGAGGCAUCCAGAGGAUAUAACAACGGAGAGAUUGAUUUCAAUCUUGCAACCAUGUUUGAAUAUUUCAAAGAUGGAGGAGAAUUCGAUACCUAUAAUCUUAUCGAGUUAUUAUUCUUCGUUUGAUUGCUCGUAUGCUGCAUUUACAAAUGUUGGAGAUGUGAGGGCUCUUCCUCUCGAUAUUUAA